AUGGCAGAAGUAAACCUAUUCAGUGAAGUGGUUGGGUUGCAGCAGCAGAAAUCUGAUGGUGGAGUCGUCUUCCCCGCGGUUCUCUUCCCCAACCCUAACGCUUCCAAGUCUGUUCAGCUAACAGAUGCCAUUAAAGCUAAUAAACCAUGGCUCGAAUCUCUGCUCCAUAGAUCUGGUGCGAUUCUCUUCAGAGGCUUCCCUGUUUCCACUGCCUCCGACUUCAACGAUGUCGUUGACUCCUCCGGCUACGAAGACUUUUCCUACGGCGCCGGUGGUUCAGGAACCAGGACGAAGCUUACCGAUCGUGUGUACACUGCGAAUGAAGCACCACCGGACCAGAUGAUCGGCUUCCAUCACGAAUUAUCUCAUGCUAGCGAAUUUCCUUCGAAAUUGUUUUUCUUCUGUGAGAUCGAACCGGGAAGGGGAGGAGAAACAUGUAUAGUUCUGAGUCAUGUGAUUUACGAGAAGAUGAAAGGGAAGCAUCCAGAAUUUGUGGAGCAACUGGAAGAGAAAGGAUUGAUUUACAACAGAGUUAUGCGAGAAGGAUUGGACCCUUCAUCGCCGGUAGGACGCGGCUGGAAGGGCACGUUCAUGACCGAUGACAAGAGCGUGGCGGAGGAAAGGGCUACCAAGUUGGGAAUGAAACUAGAAUGGAUGGGUGAUGAUGUCAAAGUUAUAGUAGGUCCGAAACCUAGUUUUAGAUACAACGAAGCCCAACAACAAAAGACCUGGUUCAACAGUCUUGCGAUUUCAUAUGGCGGAUUGCAUGAUAAGCUAAACGAUGAUCCAACAAAAGCAGUUGUUUUUGGUGAUGGCGAACCAUUGCCUCGCAAUGAGGUUAAUGACUUAUUAAAGAUGUUUGAUGAUGAGUGUGUUGCAUUACAAUGGUGUAAGGGAGAUGUUUUAUUACUCGAUAAUUUGGCAGCUCUUCAUUCACGAAGACCAUUGCUCGCUCCACCCCGUCGCAUACUUGCCUCAUUUUGCAAGUGA